ACAACAACAACAAUGGCACCAACAACCAUUGCCGUACCUGCAAAGGUUACCAGUCUCCACACACAGUUUGUUGACACAUCUUAUUUGGUUGUGAACUGGACUGGACCAAGUGGACAAAACCUKUCCUACAGAGUACACUGGACAGAUGGAAACAGUGGCAAGAUUUCAGCAGUGAACCAACAAUCAAUGAACAUUACAAAUCUGACCCCUGGAGUCCAGUACAUAAUAGCUGUUUGGGCUGUUGCGAGUGAUAAUCAAACUAAAGGACAGAAUGUCACAAUUCCUGUUUAUACACAGCCUAAUGUGGUGAGGGAUCUUGGUGUAACUGAAGUCACAACUUCCACUAUAUUUCUGAACUGGACUAAACCACUGGGAGAGAGAUACUUCUUUAUUGUACAGUGGACAGAUGGAAAGAUAACCAAUAGUUCCAGUGUAAUGGAAACAAAUAUAAAUAUUACUAAUCUGAUCCCUGGAGUCUUUUAUACAAUCACUGUCACUGCUGUGGCUGGUGAUAACUAUACUAAAGGAGCCAAUGAUUCUGUGCCACAGUACACAAAGCCUGAAAUAGUUCGAAAUCUGACUGUCAGUAAUUUCACAACAUCCUCUGUGUUUGUGAGCUGGACUGCACCAGAGGGAAAUACCUCUUUCUAUAGAGUUCAGUGGACCAAUGGARCAAACCAUCAGACAAUAAAUGUGACCGAUACAUUUAGGAACRUUACUAACCUGACUGCUGGUGUGUUGUGUAAAAUAAGUGUCACURCUGUAGCAGGUGAUACUUAUACUGAAGGAGCUGGUGUUUCUGUGUCACACUACACAAGACCAGGCUCAAUCAGUUCUCAUCAAACGUCUGUAACCACGUCCUCCAUCUUGUUGAACUGGACAACACCUGUUGGUCAGGUGUUCCUUUACAAGGUGGACUGGGUUUACAAUGGUGGUUCAUCCUUGUCCACUAAUACAACCGAUUCUUCUGUAAUUCUAUCAAACCUGAACUCUGGAACCAACUACACAAUUACAGUCACUGCUUUUGCUGGAGACCGCAACACAACCGGAGCGCCUUAUAAAAUUAAUCAAUUUACAAGACCUCAAAAGAUUAACAACAUCAUGGCUACAACAAGAGGAACAAAACAUUUAAACCUCACCUGGACUUUACCUGGAGGAAGAGUGGACAAUUAUGUGGUGAAAAUCUCAAACGCAGAUAUACCAUAUGUGGUAUCAAAUACCACACCAAAUGCCACAUUCCUUUUCAAUGAUUUAUCUCCUGGAAGACUCUUUACAGUCACAGUGACGUCUGUGGCAGGAAACUUCACUAACACGUCUGACCAGGCUUCAUUUGCCACCUAUCCCACACCUACUGGAUCCUGCGUCAUCAGCUACCAAUCAAACUCUUCGCUCCAGCUGCAGUGGGCAGUCCCACCUUGGAUGAACGGUGCUCCUAACAUCAACUAUUUUAUUGCCUACAAGCCUGGGAGUGGUGGCAAUCAAACAACGAACUCCACAGGAACAGAGCUGACUGGUCUCAUGUCAGGAACUUCGUACAGCGUUAGUAUAACAACUGUUGGACCCCAAAAUUUAAGCAGCACAGCUGUUUGUAACUCUUUCUACACCCGACCAAAUUCUGUGACUAAUCUGACUCAGACAGAAAUCACCACAAACAGUUUGACCUUAACAUGGAACCAGACAGACAGCAAACAGGACUACUCGUAUAAGGUGCAGGUCAACAGCACUCCUCCAGGUUUACCAGGAACACAGACAAACACCACAAACUCCACAGUCUUUACAGUCUCUGGCCUCAAGGCUGGAAGCAACUACAGCUUCACUGUCACUACACUAACAGCAGAUGGCACUCCAGCACAACCUGUGAUGGUAUCCUAUUUCACACGGCCCAAUGGUGUUACAGGUUUCACUGCAACAACACUAAACACAACUACUACUCAUCUAAACUGGACAAUUCCAGAGGACAAUGUAACCUACACAUACUGGGUGACGACGACAGGCUGUGGAUUCCAAAACCAGACCAUAUCUGGGAAGAGCGUAGACAUCUCAGCGCUCACCCCUGGAACCAACUGUACAUUCUGCAUUUCUGCCAUGGCAGCAAAUGGAAUUAAAGGAGAAGAAAGCUGCACCUGGAGCUACACAAAACCAGAGCUGGUGCAGCCCAGCGUCCACAAUGGGGGCUCUAACUGUUCAGUCGAARUAUCAUGGACGCCCCCUAAUGGAAAUGUGGAGAGAUAUGCACUUUCUCUAAACGGCACUUUGAAAAAUGUUGAGCUGGGUCCUAAUAAUAACUCCUUCUUGUUUGGCAACCUGUCGGCUGGAGUCCUUUAUAGCAUCAUGUUGACCACAUGCAGCGGACCCUACUGUGUAUCAUCAGAUUAUGUCACUAAUGCAACAUACCCGAAUCCUCCCGGGCCAAUUGAGAUCCUGGAGAAGACAACCAGCUCCAUUGGGUUUAACUGGACCGAGGCUCCUUUAAUGACCAAUACAACGUUCAACUACGUUCUGACAAUAACACAACCCCUACAAGAUGGGAACCCCUCUGUCCAAAUUAAAACAAACACUUACAAUUUUUCCUCACUGUUUUCUGGGACGUGCUACAACAUUUCAGUGAGAACACAAGGACUGAUGGGGUUUGAGAGUGAGGCUGUUCACAAAGACAUGAUCUUCACAAGACCACUAACUGUGCAGAAUCUCACAACCACUGUUGAAGUGAAGUCUGUCACCGUUAAUUGGGCCCUACCUGCUGWUCACAAGGAAACCUAUCAGUACAAUUUGACCUGGAUGAACUCAAAUGGGAGAGUUCAUUAUACUUUGCCUAAUAAAACUGUAUAUAACAUCACUGACCUGGUGCCUGGAAGCUUGUAUAGCAUUAGCAUCACCACAGAGACCUCUGAUAGAACACAGUCUGCCCCAAAAAGCACUUCUGUCUGCACAGGAGCAAGCCCUGUGGUGGGUUUAACGUGUAAUGGACCAAACUCAGGAGAUGCAGUACUCAUUUUUAAGUGGAAUCAACCUGAAGGAGAGUACUCUAGCUUCCAGUUUAAUGGAACCAACAUUACACCAAGUACUAGCCCUUGUUGUCAAAACACUGUUUCCGGCCUUCUUUACAAUACUUCAUAUAAUGUAGCUGUGGAGACAUUAAGUUGUGGACUCCCGAGCACUCGUGUGACUCUUAUCUGCUCUACAGGCAUCACAAAUCCAAAGCUUCCAACAAACUACUCAGAAUUUGUAAAUUCAACUCGAGGGUUACAGAUGUUCACAGUUGUAAUUAACUUCCAACUGCUAGACGACAGCCAUGGGCCAAUCACACAUGUUGGUAUUCUGGUAACGAAUAAAAGCAACGAUAUGCCAUUGUGCUUUUCACUUCUUUGGAAAUGAAAAACGAUCUAGUGGAUUCCACAAGAUCAAUCCUCUCAAUAACAACUUACUUUUCAGUUGAGCUUUUGCCACAAAACUCAGGUAUCAAUGUCAUUGCUAUUGGAGCAGCACUGGGGAUUUUGGGGAUUCUCUUGGUUAUCCUCAUAGGCGCCAUCAUCUACUGGAGAAGGUUAUCCAAUAAGGAGCCAUCAGAGAUCCAGACUCCAUCCAUGAGGAUGAGAGCCAAAGUAAGUUUGGCUGUGAGGGUGGAGGAUUUCGAAACCCACUACAAGAAACAGAAAGCAGACUCCAGCUGCGGCUUUGCUGAAGAAUAUGAGGAUCUGAAAUCUGUUGGUACAGCUCAGGCAAAGCUCCACGCCAUGUCUUUAGACAACAAGCCUAAAAACCGCUACAAUAAUGUGCUUCCUUAUGACUCUUCAAGGGUGAAACUCUCUAUUAUCCACGGAAAUCCGAAUGAAGAUUACAUCAAUGCUAACUACAUGCCGGGUUACCUCUCCAGGAAAGAGUACAUUGCAGCUCAGGGUCCUUUGCCCAUAACAGUCAACGACUUCUGGAGAAUGAUCUGGGAGAAGAACGUUUACACUGUGGUCAUGCUAACACGCUGUAACGAACAAGGAAGAGUCAAAUGUGAGCAGUACUGGGCUUAUGGCACCAAGCACUGCGACGACUUCACUGUGACAAUAACCUCUGAAAUAACGCUGGAGGACUGGACUAUCAGGGACUUCGACAUUAAAAAUGUAAAAACAACCGAGGUCCGUUCAGUUCGUCAGUUCCACUUCACAGCCUGGCCGGAUCACGGCGUUCCAGAAACCACAGAGCUUCUGAUCAGCUUCAGACAUCUGGUCAGAGAGCACAUGAACCAGUACCAGCACUCCCCCACUGUGGUCCACUGCAGUGCCGGUGUGGGGCGCACAGGCACCUUCAUAGCCAUCGAUCGGCUGAUCUACCAGAUCGAAAGGGAAAAUAUUGUAGACGUAUUCGGCAUUGUUCACGAUCUGCGAAUGCAUCGACCCCUCAUGGUGCAGACAGAGGACCAGUAUGUGUUCCUAAACCAGUGUGCCUUUGACAUCAUCCGGUCRAGAACAGGGACCAAUGUAGAUCUAAUUUACCAAAACGCAGCCGCAAUCUCAAUUUAUGAAAAUAUAGAUCCACACCAAGGGUAUGGCAGUGAAUAUGACUAAUCGUUUAGUUCUUUCAUUGUUUCUUUAUGAGAAGCAGCUGAGCAACGUUAUAAAGGGAAUAGUUGUAACUAUUUGUGCUGUACCGAUUUUUGUAUCAGCCACAGUCUUCCAACAAACUUUUGUGUAAAUCUUGCUGUAAGUUGUAUUUAUUUGUUCAAAAACUGUUGAAUGUUUGAUAAAGGAAGGAAACUGCUCAGAGACUACUGGACAUAAUCAACAAAAAAAUAAUGAUCACUKUAUGUAAACAUCUGGAUGUUUCCUGUUUUUGUAUAUUUUUGAGUCACGCAAGUGUUUUAAAAUGCUUCCUACUGUAUAUGAAUGAUAAAUCAGUUUUGCUCAGGUAGUUUAUUUUUUAUUUUUUGGUAAACUGUUUUUGUAUUUUUACAGGGAUUUUGUCUUUGGAAAAGACUUGUACAAAAAUGCUGGUUAGACACUUUGUGCCAUUUACGUUCUGUACACUUUAGCACCACUAGGGGGCACUGUUCUUUUAUUCAUUUAAACAGAUAAAUAAGGACCAAAUAUAAGGAAGCGUAAAUUAUUCACGUUUUUUUUUUCUUGACUAACAAAAUGUGCAAUGUAUUUUAAUGAAGAAUUUUAUUUGUUUGAGUCUUCUUAUUUAUAUGCAUUGUGAUGUAAAUAAUGCACUGGAUGCAUUYGUCUUUGACACUGUCCACUUUAAACAAAAGAAAUUAUAUUUUUGUAUUUGUACUGUUAAUUAAGUUUAGGCCAGUCCUUGAUGAAAUGAAAUAUUUUACCUACCAUAUCUCACUUGAUUUUUACAGCUCAGGAACUCACUGCAAGAGGAACAUUUUAUUGGUGGUUAUGUAAAACCAGAAUAUGCAACCAUGUGUACUGUAAAAUAAAAAAAACUAAUUUUCA